AUGGCGUUUCUUCGGCCACGCCCCAGCAGUGCGGGGUCUCCGGCCAAAUGCUUGGCACCGCGUCGCGAUGAACGAUCCAGGCCACCAAAGGUGCUCGGUCCCGAUGCGAGCCGCGCGAAGCACUCCAGACUCCGCGCCAGGCGGCCAGCGUCCGCGGCUUCGUCACUGAGGGAGGCACACGCGGAGGAGGUGACUCCCAAGGGACGCCCGUGUGAAGGACGCCUCCCAGACCUGGUGCUGCUGCGGCACCCGAGCUUCGCCGCCGCAGAGGCGCCGACCGGUCGCACGGCGGUGCCUUUGCCAGGCCUUGAGGAACUGGAGCGCAGCCGUCCACGCUUCGAACGUUGGAGCUGCUGUCCGCCCAUCCCGUUGCAUCCCUGCCGACCAACGGCUUUGCGCUUGCGCCAAGCCUUAGCCGAGCCGCAGGCAGACCUGGAAGUGGCCUUAGUGGGCUCCGGCACGCCGGAGACGCGGCACCUGCUCUUGAUUUGGUGUUUGGCGUGCUGCUUGGAGCUCCUGGGCUUUCUGGAGAAUGCAGCGGCCCUCUUUGCCAAGUGCACUGCGUCUGAUGUGGGCAACCCAGUCCACGCCUUCAACCGCGGAGUGGUGCUUUUGCGGCUGGGCGAAGCUCCAGCCGCUGCGCGGGACUUCGACCUCGCCGUCAGCCUUUGCUUGGCUGCUGGCGAGCCCUUGCCAGCCCUGCUGCUUGCACGGCGCGCGCAAGCGAAUCUGCAGCUGGAGCGGCUCCCAGAAGUUUGGGCCGACUUCGAACUUGCCAGGAGACGCACUUGGUGGCCGCAGCUGAGUGUUGAGCAGCUGCGGCGGCGGAUGAACAGCGAGCGGAUCAAUUCAUUUGCGGGCUACCGGAACGCGGUCCUCCAAUGUGCCCCCGUUGCGAUGAAGAGUUCCAUGCGCGAGAGCGGACAGCGGCACUGGGCAGUGGAAGUCUUGGCCUGGCGACUGGCACAUCCGGCGGAUCCUUUCACUGAGGUGGAGGAGGCCUCGCUCUUCGACUUCUUGCGCUCCUUCCCGGGGCUCACGGCCAUCGAGCCAAAGACUGUUCCAUGGCAGCAGCUCACGGUGCACUUGGUGCCAGAAGGCCAACCGCUCUUCCCCCAGAGCUCGGCGAUCUUCUUCUUGAUUUCAGGGACCUUCCGUGUCCUCCGCUUCGCCACAGCGGUGACCACCGGUGGCGCCGGUACAAGCGCUUGGGGCGCGCGGCUGUGGGCGACGCCUGUGCUGGAAGAUGAGAGCCUUUUGAAAGCUCCCAGCAGUUUCAGCGGACCUUUGGGGCGACAACAAGAUGGUUGGCUAGUGGCUGCAAUGGGCGGUGCUGCUGUGCUGCGAAUCCCCUUGGAGAGCUUCAAGCAGUUGGAAGCCACGCCGUCCGAUGCGCCCGAUGAACGGCGCUGCGCUGAAGAUCGGCCGUGCGCCGACGGCGCGCCCCAAAAAGCAUGGCCGCCGGCGUCGGGUGCGCAGGGUGCGGUGAUUCCGGAAUGUACCUCUACCAUCCUCUACCCAAGUGCGGCAGGUUUUUAA